AUGAGCCUGCACGAGCGGCUGAGCAUAGGCCUCAUCGUGGCUGGCGGCGCGGUGCUGCUGGGCCACCGAGCGCUGGCAGCCCUGCGCGAGCGCCAAGUGCGGCGCCCUCGCACGCCACACGGCAAUCCCGCCCCUAAGGAGCUACAUGUGGUGCUGCCGCCGUCUGCGACCAUGUGGCGCCGCAUCAUCGUCGUCGGCGACAUCCACGGCUGCCCCGAGGAGCUUCAGGCACUGCUGGACAAGGUGCGGUACCGGAAAGGGGUAGACCUGCUGGUCAGCGUGGGGGACCUCGUGAACAAGGGGCCCGACUCUGAAAAGGUGAUCAAGCUGGCCAUGGAGAGCGACUGCCUGGCUGUGCGGGGCAACCACGAUGACUCCGCGUACGAGGCCUUCCGCUGCUGGCUGGACGGCAAAGACAUCCCCAAGCCCAAGAAGCAGGGCUGGCUGCCAGCGUACGGCGUGAUUGUGGUUCACGCCGGGCUGGUGCCGGGGGUGCCCCUGGAGCAGCAAGGCAUGCUGGAGAUGGAGAAGAUGCGGGAUGUGGUGCCUGCGGUGGAGGCCGCGCCGGCAGACGCAGCGGCAGACGCCCUGGCCGCCGGCGCCGACGUGGCCACCCUGCCGCUCAGCUCCUUUGAUUGGCGGGCGGCCGGCCAGGCGCUGGCGCAGCUGGCCGCCGCCGACGAGGGCGGCAGCAGUCGCAGCAGGAGCGGCAGCGACGGGGCGGAGCCGGAGGCGGCAGGCUCCCGCCUGCCUGCCGAGCUGCAGCUGGUGGGGAGGGAGGUGCCCAACCCGCUAGGGCGGGCCUGGGCCGAGGUGUGGCGCGGCCCGCAGCACGUCUUCUUCGGCCACGACGCCAAGCGGCGCCUGCAGCUGUGCCCCGCCGCCACCGGGCUGGACACCGGUUGCGUGUACGGCGGGCAGCUGAGCGCCGCGGUGCUGCCGCCGCUGGACGAGCGCGGGCAGCCGCUGCUGCAGCGCCUCAACCUGCCGCCGGACGCCCGGGAGUUCCGGCUGUGCGGCGGGCUGCCCGCAUACCUGGUGCAGGUUGCCGCCAGGGAAGUACACUCAGACAAGUUCCUGAGGCUGGAGGAGCGGGAGAAGGGGGCGCGCCAGGAGGCCGCCAAGCAGCACACGCUGGCGGCGCUGGAGCUGCAGCCGCGGCGGCAGGGCGCGGGGGCCAGCGGCAGCGGCAGCGUGGGGGCCAGCGGCAGCGGAGCGGCGGCCGGGGCCGCCAAGGCCGCGGCGGACAAGAAGGAGGAGUGA